CGAGGUUUGCCGAUGGCCAAGCGAUCCGAGCCAGUUGGCAUCCUUGAAUUGUCGGAAAGCCCGAGCGUCAGCAGGAAGACCUCGAUCGCUGCAUCGGCCGCCAGCCCAAGCCCGAUGCAGUCGCCGGCCAGCACAACGAGCAACGCCAGCUCGGCCACCAACACGUCAUCAACGCCGUCCACUCCAUUGUCACGAGAUGACUCCGAGUCUGGCAACGACACUCCCACCGCCAAUGGCGCCAAGCCCAGCUUCACCCUGGUCAAAACCCACUCCAAAGUGUCCACCUUCUUUGGCAGCGACAAGAGCGGCCUCGUCAUGGAGCCCAUGUUUGCGGUCAAGGACGAGGCGGCGCAGCCUCUCCUCCGCGGCAAGUCCAUCAAAGGGCGUACCGCGCCUGCUGUCGUCAACUCGGACAAGCCAGUGAUCAAGUGCGACCUCAGCCCCACCAAAUGCAUCGAGAUGCUGCGCAUCGGCACCACACUGCUCUCCUUUACAAACGAAUCCAAGCCCCAACUCAACCACUUUUGUUUGAGCGCCUACUGCCAUCAGAUUGUCUACAAGUCGGCUCAACGGCGGAUUGGUGACACCCAGGAGUUUACAAUCGAUGUGGCCAGUAUCAAAGAGGUGCGACUCGGCAAGGUCGCGAAAAAUUGGGACAAGAAUGCGCGCAAGUACAACAUUGACGAGGCAACAACGUUUACCAUUGUCUACGGCCAACAUAUGCUGGACGUCAACUUUUUGCACGUGUUUGCGGCCACUGAGCAAACCUUUGGUAUCUGGGUGAAGGGAUUGCGUGCGCUCGUUGCCACGGCGCGCGAGUCUGUUCGCGAAUCGACACAGCUCUCGUUGAAAAAGUACUACAUUGAUGCCUACGUCCCCAAAACCGGGCUUAUCAGCCUGCGAAAGGUGGUGCAUUCGAUCGGCAAGGACAAGAAGAAGCACACCAAGCAAAUUCUUCAGUCAAUGGGCUUUGCGUACUCAAAGAAGGUGGGUGUAUCGCCCGAGCUCUUCCCGUUCGAGCGAUACUGCGCCUUGUUCAACAAGGCCAACACCCGUGUCGACAUUGCCGAGGUCUUCAACACGGUGCGCAGCCAGCUUCGAGGCUUGCCACCCGCGAAAGACCUCGACCCGAAUGCCACUCUGACGUUGGCCCACUUCCGCGAAUUCCUCCGCAAAAUGCAAGACCAAACGCUCACAGAAGAGCAAACGUUGACGCUUCUGCGGCGGUACGAGCCCAACAACGCGUUGAAGGAGCAAAAGCUGCUCUCGUUGGACGGAUUUGCGCUCUACCUGCUCUCCGAAGACAACGCCGUGCUGCGGCCAGACCACCUCCCGGUCUAUCAAGACAUGACACAGCCUCUCGCCCACUACUUUAUCAAGUCGUCCCACAACACGUACUUGACUGGCCACCAGCUCCGCGGCGAAUCUAGCGUCGAAAUGUACAUUCAAGUUUUGCUCUCUGGCUGCCGUUGCAUCGAGCUCGAUUGCUGGGAUGGUGACGACGGCGAGCCCAUCAUUUACCACGGCCACACGUUGACUUCUAAAAUCAAGUUUUACGAUGUCAUCAAGGCCAUCCGGGACUAUGCCUUUGAAACAACUCCGUACCCAGUGAUUCUGUCCUUUGAAAACCACUGCUCCAUUCCGCAGCAAAAGAAAAUGGCUCUGUAUUGUCGGACCCUCUUCAAAGACCUCCUCCUCGACGAGUUCCUGGACGGCGACUCGCUGCCCGAGAAGCUGCCGUCGCCCGAUGAUUUGCGCUACAAGAUUCUCAUCAAGAACAAGAAGCGCCGCGACAUUGCAGGAGGACCACUGAGCAAUUUGAGCAGCGUGAGCAGUGUGAGCAGCACGCGUGCUUCCGCCGCAGCGAUUUCCGUCCCUAGUUUCGCAGCGGUUGAGCUCGCAGUCUCUGAUGCUGAUGGUGUUGCGGUCGACGGGAAUGGCACAGCAACCGCGUCACCCGCGCCACCAGCCUCACCGUCUCCCACGAACGGAGUCGUCACGCCCUCGACGACUGGCUCCUCUGCGACAAGCCUGUCCGCCGCCGUCACGCCCUCCGCUACUACCUCAUCUGGAACGCCCACCAACAGCAACACUGAAAACGAGCCCGUGAUUGAGGAGGAGGACGACCCCGACUUUGUGGCCAACGAGUCCUCCUCGCCUUCGGGGUUUGUUGCACCGGUGCACGAGCCUCAGAAGACGGGCCGCCAGAUUGCCGAAGAGCUGUCCGAGCUGGUCAUCUACACCGAGCCCAUUCCAUUCAAAUCGUUUGCCGACUCGCGCGAGAACGCACGGUGCAACCAAAUGUGCUCCUUUGGCGAGGCGACCGCAGAAAAGCACCAAAAAAAGUCGGCGCGCGAUUUCAUGCUGUACAACAUGCGACAGUUUAGCCGCAUCUAUCCCAGCGGCAAGCGCAUCGACUCCACCAACUACAAUCCCCAGCCUCAUUGGAACAGCGGCUGCCAGAUGGCUGCGCUCAAUUACCAGACGCCCGAUCUUCCGAUGCAACUCAACAUGGCCAAAUUCUCAGUGAAUGGCCGCUGCGGCUACGUGCUCAAGCCGUACGUGAUGCGCGAAGACAUUGGCUUUGACCCGAACGACAACACGGUGGAGCAUGUCGUGCCCAUCAAUCUUGUUGUGGACGUCAUCUCUGCCCAGUUGCCGACCGUCAGCGUCGUGUCUCCGUUUGUGGAUGUUGAAGUGCACGGGCUCCCGGUCGACUCGUGCCGAAAGCGCACCGCGGCGACCAACAACACAACGCCCUUUCCCAUGUGGAAGGAGCAGGUUUCUCAAAAAGUCAUCCUGCCAGAAAUCGCCACGCUGCGGUUUGUCGUGUACGACACUUCACUUGCUGGUCUUGCUGUCGUUGUCGGUGUCGCGACACUCCCGCUGAACAGCGUGCGGGUGGGCUACCGCCAGAUUCCGCUCAAGACCGUUCGUGGCGAGCGACUGGACUUGUGCAAUCUCUUUGUUCGGAUACAAGAGCUGGAAAUCAUUCCCGAGCAGCAUGCCGACUUUAUGGCUGCGCUCAUGCACCCUACGAGCGCGGAAGACAAGCACUCGGACUUGCUGGGGGCUCUGAUGGGUGGUGGAGGCGCAGAGCCGGAUGCGCCUGGGUUCGGAACCCCGCCUCGUGCCAAACCUACGAGCGAGACGUUGAAGAGCUCGUCUGCGACCUCAGCGUCUCCAGUUGCAGCUGCGUCUGCGCCCGUGACCGGAGACGAUGGGGAGGAGCUGAUUACAGCGUUGUAGUUGCGAACAGGCAUUUGCGACUCUUUUUUUUUUCUUCUCCCUUCUUGUACGUUUUUUUGAUUGUGAACUAAGGAGCUCAAGUUGUUGCGUGAUUUCCGUUUUUUGUUUUAAUAUUGUGUUUGACGUUGUGCUACUGUCGUGUAACCAUCGCCAUCAAGUUUGGUUGUUCCCAACGUGCAUUGUCGAG